GGCCAGGCGAUCUCCACAACAUGCAUGCCCGCCUGCAUGCAGAAUGCAAGAACUGUGGGGACGGAUGACGGUCGAGGAAUUGUUACCAGUACCUCCAUACAAAACGGCCAAUCAGACGGCGAACCAGGCGGGCAAUCCCCCGAACCACCACAACACGCGGUCAACUUAAUUCUUUGCUCGCGUUUCGAUGCACACAAGAGUCGGCGAUUGAAGUUCUUCCCUUGCAUUGGAUGUGGCGAUACUUCUUGAUCUUGUGAUGGUUGGUGCCCAACCGCGGGAAGCUGGCAGAAAAUGUGCGUGUCUGCCUCCCAGGAACGGUUCCGCGAACGACUACCUGGGUACCUGCUUGAGCCCCGAGCACUCAAGCAUGUUGUUAGGUAUGUCUUCUCUGGCUCCGUAACAAACCUCUCGACAUCAGCCUUCCUUUUCCUUUUCCUUCAAGAUCCACCUCUCGGGGUCUUUACCGCGUGCUGUUGGGCAGUUGCACCUGUUUAUUGGACGAAUACCAUGUCUGGCAUUUCCUCUGGCGUCGGCGCCAGUGCCUCUAGAAAACCCGACUCAUCAACAACUCUGCAAUAUUUCCUCGAACAAUCCGCAUUCGACGACGCCACGAUCUACGAUCGUGUGUCAAACUCGACCCAAGGGCUCCCCGCGCACCCCACGUCCCGCGAACCGGUCUACGAAGCCAAAGCAGCCAACACCAUCGCGACUUUUGAGGCAGCCUUUGCUGCUGGCCAGAACUGCAAAAGGCGGAACUGAAGUGUUUCCAUGCUCGGGCGGCAUUUGGAUUUCCUGAAGCCGUGUGUAGUUGCAGCGAUUCUCCGGCACCACAACCCACCCUUAUCUAAGCCAACCCCCGACUCAUGCUCUUGGGCCUGCAUGCACUCAUCUUGCCUCACCGGCACACCCUUUCCUAAAUGGCCCAUUUUUAAUACGGAGAUAUCAACAACCUUUCUUCCCUUCAAUUUCUCGCCAGUUUUCGAUCAAUUGCACCUACACACAUUCAUUCGACCCAUUCCAUUCGCAUGUCGAGCUCAUCGUUGUCCUUUCCAUUCCGUAUAACAACGACUAUGGAGGUCUUUUCAGGUUAUAGAAGGUUUGGUCUCGAGUGUGGAGAACAGGAUGGAGCUGGAGUGGAGCUGACCUGUCGAGAAUAUAUAUGAAUGUUUGCUCUCAUUGAAUACCUAAUUACCUCUGUACCUACAUAAUUAAAUACAAAAAUACAAACAAAUUUCCUAUGUCGCCCCGAUGCCC